CAGCAAUCGACUUCUAAGUUGAGAUCGAAUGUCCGUACAAUUCUAAGUAGUGAGUGCAAUAAUGACGCUCACAAAUAAGAUGGAAAUAGAUGAGAAAGUUAUGAAAGGGGAAGGUUUUAAGCCAUAUUACAUUACUAAGAUUGAAGAACUUCAAUUAAUUGUAGCUGAAAAAAGUCAAAACUUAAGGAGGUUACAAGCACAACGUAAUGAGCUAAAUGCAAAAGUACGUAUGUUGCGUGAAGAAUUGCAACUUCUUCAAGAACAAGGAUCAUAUGUUGGAGAAGUUGUUAAACCAAUGGACAAAAAGAAAGUUUUGGUUAAGGUACAUCCUGAAGGGAAAUUUGUAGUAGACAUAGAUAAAAAUAUUGAUAUCAAUGAUGUAACACCAAAUUCAAGAGUUGCACUACGUAAUGAAAGUUAUACCUUACAUAAAAUUUUACCAAACAAAGUUGACCCAUUAGUUUCUCUUAUGAUGGUGGAAAAAGUACCAGAUUCUACAUAUGAAAUGGUUGGUGGUUUAGACAAACAAAUUAAAGAAAUCAAAGAAGUCAUUGAAUUGCCUGUUAAGCAUCCUGAAUUAUUUGACGCUCUUGGAAUUGCUCAACCUAAAGGUGUACUUUUGUAUGGUCCACCAGGCACAGGUAAAACUUUGUUAGCAAGAGCAGUUGCUCAUCAUACUGAGUGUACUUUUAUUCGUGUAUCUGGAUCUGAAUUGGUGCAAAAGUUUAUUGGUGAAGGUUCACGAAUGGUUCGUGAAUUGUUUGUAAUGGCAAGGGAACAUGCACCAUCUAUAAUAUUCAUGGAUGAAAUUGAUUCAAUUGGCAGUUCUCGCAUUGAAUCUGGUUCUGGAGGUGAUAGUGAAGUUCAACGCACUAUGCUUGAAUUACUCAAUCAAUUGGAUGGUUUUGAAGCAACAAAAAAUAUAAAAGUCAUUAUGGCUACAAACAGAAUUGACAUCCUAGAUCCAGCAUUAUUGAGACCAGGUCGUAUAGAUCGUAAAAUUGAAUUCCCGCCACCAAACGAAGAAGCACGACUUGACAUUUUAAAAAUUCACUCAAGAAAAAUGAAUUUAACGCGAGGUAUAAAUUUAAGAAAAAUUGCCGAACUCAUGCCUGGUGCAUCGGGUGCAGAAGUAAAGGGUGUGUGUACAGAAGCCGGCAUGUAUGCUCUCAGAGAACGUCGUGUUCAUGUUACUCAAGAAGAUUUUGAGAUGGCUGUAGCAAAAGUUAUGCAGAAAGAUUCAGAAAAAAAUAUGUCAAUCAAGAAGUUAUGGAAGUAA